GUGGCGCCUUCAGGAAGGCGAGUGGGGCAGCCGGGCCCAGGGAACGAACCUUCACCCGCAAUCGCGAGUCGGGGCGGGACGCGGCCUCGAGCCGGGCGGCCCCGUUUCAAAGGCCCCGAGAUUCCGAGAGAAAAGGGCGUUCCAGCCCCGCGCAGGCGCAGAAGGAAGCGUCCUCGCCCCCUCACAGCCGCGUGGUCGCGGCUCCUCCUUCGUUCCUUCCGUCCCCCAGUCCAGAGGGCGGCGGCCGACGAGCAGCGACGCCCCGCGGUGGCCCGGCCCCUCCUCCCAGCUUCUUCCGUCCCCGCCCCGGGGCUGCUCCUCGCGCUCUGCUCCCCGCGGCCGGCGACCCCCUCCCCGCGGCCGACGACCUCCUUCCCUUGGCGCGGGUUUCAGCCGCCGCUGCCCUGGGGCCCCCCGUGUGCUUCCUCCCGCGAAGCCUCCGGGCCCUGUGGAUGCGCCGCGCGCCAGUCCCAGUCCCCCCGCUGCUGCUGCUGCAGCUGCGCCGCCGUGAGGCCGCCUCCACCUGCUCCUCCCACCUGGGCGUGGUCUCGCUCUUCUGUGGCAGCGCCAUCUUUGUCUAUGUUCGCCCUAAGGCCAGCUACGAUCCGGCCACUGACCCUCUGCUGUCUCUUCUAUGCUGUGAUCGCCCCUGUCCUCAGUCCCAUCGUCUACACCCUACGGAACACUGA